AUGGCGUCGCCUUUGGGAGCUCUUUCUGCCAUGUUAUUGCUUUUAGUUGUUGCACUGGCUAAAAAUUGCGAAGCAACGGCUAUGCACUCUGCUAUUCAUGCUGUUCGACGACAUGGCCACAAACUUAAACCUAUCAAACGAAACAAGCCUAAGUUCAAGCCUGGGCUAUGGAGAAAAGCUCAUGCCACCUUUUAUGAAGGUGGCACUGGAUCAUUUGGAGGAGCUUGUAACUAUAAAGAUGUUGUACAACAAGGCUACAACUUGAACACAGUAGCUCUAAGCGACAUUUUAUUCAAGAAAGGAAAGACUUGUGGUGCAUGUUAUGAAAUACAGUGUGUCAAUAGCCCUAAAUGGUGCAAGAAAGGAUCUCUCUUUGUUACAGCAACAAAUCAAUGCCCAUCAAAUCCAUCUCUACCUAGUGACAAUGGAGGCUGGUGCAAUUCACCUCGUGAGCAUUUCGAUAUAGCCAAGCCCGUCUUCAACAAAAUUGCUGACUACACUGCUGGGAUUGUUCCUAUCCAAUACAGAAGGGUUCCAUGCCAGAAGAAAGGAGGGAUUCGGUUCACAAUAAUGGGGAACCCAUGGUUCAACCAGGUGAUAGUAUGGAAUGUUGGUGGAGCUGGAGAUGUUGUGUCUGUUCAAGUGAAGGGCAAUGACAACGUUAAGUGGACCAAAUUGCAAAGAGACUGGGGUGCCACCUGGAAAACUAGUACCCAUUUGGUUGGAGAAUCACUGACCUUCAGGGUUACGACGAGUGAUGGCAGAGAAUCAACUUCAUGGCAUGUUGCCCCUAAGAACUGGCAAUUUGGUCAGACUUACGAGGGCAAGAACUUCAAGUAG